AUGUCUUCCGGGAGGUUUUGGGUACCGUACCGAAUGUUGACUUUCGGCGAGGUUGUUGUUUUAAGCCAACAAGUAAAAGAAAUUGUUGAAGCCCUCAAGGUGAACCUCCAACAGCAACAACCACUUGUUCCUUUACUUCCAGCCUUGCCUAACCUUCUAGAUCCUCCCAAAUUGGCCAGUCUGGCGAGAAAUAGCACCAGCGGCGAGGUUGUUGUUUUAAGCCAACAAGUAAAAGAAAUUGUUGAAGCCCUCAAGGUGAACCUCCAACAGCAACAACCACUUGUUCCUUUACUUCCAGCCUUGCCUAACCUUCUAGAUCCUCCCAAAUUGGCCAGUCUGGCGAGAAAUAGCACCAGCGGUGAUCCAUCCCAUCCUCAGCAGAAAGAGGACACCCUACCAAACCCAAACAAUCUCCAUCAAAGAGUAAGGGAGAAAUAUGAAGUACCUGAUAACUCUCUAGUUAGGGAGACCAAAUGA